AAUUUAUGGAGGGAACUGGUUUGGCUCCCGAAGAUGUUUCCUGUCGCAUUCCCGGUUUGAUGUAAUAUCAUGUAACGUAACCGUUGGUUUAUCGAACCGGUAACCACCGCCCAGGGAUAAACUGCACAUAAUAACAUGAUUCGUAUAUCAGCUCUCAAUGAUACUGUAAGUGAUGGAGAGGGUAAAGGUCAUUCCCAGGGCCGUGGCACAACCAAGGAGGCAAAGGAAGCAGAGGCCUUUGCUCUUUACAACAAGGCUUUGGGGUUACAAAGACAGGGGGAGGUAACCAGAGCUGAAACCAUGUUUAAAGAACUUCUGCACCACCCUUUCAUGCAAGAGGCUGUCAGGCUGGUAAAUGAGGAGGAAGAAGACACUGUACACCCAGGUCUACAGGUGCUAUACUCCACCCACAAAAACAUGGCCACCAUCGCUCUACAGAGAGCUGAUACUACUGCAGCCAUUGAGUCCCUGUUGGAGGCCGUAGUUGUUGAUGCCACAGAAGUGACAGUUUGGUAUAAAAUUGGAACUCUGGCCCUGAAACUGUGCAAGUACUCUCUGGCAAGAUUCUCCUUUGAGCAAGGCUUGCAGUGUAACCCACGUCACUGGCCAUGCCUGGAUAAUGUGAUCACAGUCCUCUAUGUCCUCAAUGAUUAUUGGCAUUGUCUGAGUUAUAUUGCCCAAGCUCUGGAGAGAGACAGUGGCUACACAAAAGGCCUGGCAAUCCGUAGACAGAUCUUCAAGGAGCAUGCUGCAUUAAAGAAAGACACAGAGUACUUCUUCAAGCUCUGUGAUCCAGCAAUUUUCCGGACAGAAGUGGACCAGACUGAAGCUGAUGAGUUUAUUAAUGAAGCCUUGGAAAUGAGACAGAAAAGGAGAGAGCUGGCUAAAGUGGUGAAACCUCCACCUGUCAAACUUCCCACACUGGCUAACUACACCUGGCGGAGCCUUGGUCGCAGUCUGGUUGCCCUUUAUGAUUACAUCACCCAGUCAGAUCCCCCCAAGAGCCUGGCCUUAAGGAUAGAUCUGUCAGCCUAUGGGCCAUCAGCUCCAGAGACUAGGUCAGUUACAGAACCUUUGGGUGGGGAUUUAGGGCUUAAUCCAGCAUCAGCAGAAGAGAAGCUCACUGACAACCUUUGUCCACCCAACAUAAACAUGGAGGUGGACCAGACUUCUGAUAUUGACAAGCCAGCAAGGGAGAUAACUGAGCCACCAGUCUUGGAGAAAGGUGAAGGGUAUGACCUUCCAGCAUCCAGUCUGCCAAGCACUGUCCCUAUACCAGAUGGCCCAGCCCAAUCUGACCCCAUCACCACGGUGCAAGGAGCUGAUGGAGCAGAGACCAAGGCCAAGGGAGAAGCUGCUGUGGAUGUUGCUAUGGAGACAGAUGCCCCCGCACAUACUGUGCCAGCAGAAGUGGCCUUGCAGGACCAUCCUGUAACUAUGGAGGCUGGAGAGGGAGGAGGAUCCAAGAAGGGGACAAAGAGGAAGCGUUUACAGCUGGAUCACGGCACGAAACGCCGUUCCGCUCGGGUGAGGAAUACAAACAAGAAGAAGGAAGAUGAGACAAUCAAUUUUCAUGACCUGCUUCAGAAAUUUCUACCCUCCAGUCUCAUGCAGGUGGUUGAACCAGAAGAUGAAGAUGCAGAUGUGCAGUCUGCCGAGGAGGUGGAUAAACAGACUGAUGGACAGACAGACGGACAGUCACAAGAUGAAGCACCGGCCCUGACAGAUUGUACUCCCCUCACAGCCACAGAGGAGGCUGAUGUGCGUGAAUUUCUUCUCAAACAACAGAAAAAUGCCGGGCUUGUCUCCAUAAUGAAGCAUUAUUUACAUUUCCUGUCAAAAAGGGACAACAGGAAGUGGCCAGAUAAUGUGAAGUGGACAUAUUUGGAGGUGUACAACCGAGUUCGAAAACAUCUCAAGUUCCCAGACUGUCCAGAUUCAGAAAAACCUGACCCUGGAACUAAAGCCAAUGCUAAGAUGUGCCUGGUGUACAUGGAGUUGAAGCUGGACCAUUGGCUAUCACAGAAAGUCAAACCUGUACCCUCCCCAGGGCCUCCUACUGGAUCACCCAGAAAGAAUUCCCCAGUGAUGUCACCUGUGCUGGGAGCUGACUUCCCUGGCCCGCACUUCAAGGAUGACAUCUGGUUUCUCUGCGCUAUGAUUGGUUACUCUCAGAUACUGGAGGAGUUCUGGGCGGAGCAUACCAUCCGAGUGUAUUGGUUGAGGGCCCGAUUCAGCAUAUUGUCCAACAACAUGGAUGAUGCCAUGGGCUGGUUUGAUAUGACAAGUUCAUACCUAAAGUACGCUGCUGAAAAUCAGAACUUGUCUGAGGUACUGGUGUACCAGUGUACUGUGGAUAAUCGCAUCUCUCAAGAUCAAGUAAACAAGCAGUUGGAGUCAUUAGAGAGAUGUCAGUCACUGGAGGAAAUACAGAAAUUAUAUGAUGACAAACAGUACCAGAAGGUUGUGGAUUGUCUGCUUCAAACAUUUAAACAACCUCAGACUAAACACCAGCGCCGUGAGAGCGACAGCAUACCUGAACGUCAUGCACAGUUGUUGCUUCUCCAGGAUUCCCUGUUCAAGCUUAAUGAUUUACAGAAAUGUAUAUUCUGGGGUGAGGAGAUAUUGAAUGAGGCCUUGCAGCAUUAUCGUCAUGCGUUUGGCUCAUUCAGAGAAGAGUGGGGAGCCACCCUUACACAAGUGUUUGCUGGAAUCAACAAGUGUGUGUCAAAAGAAGCAGGUAUAAUAGGCACUUUACCCAAUACCAGCCUGGUUCGUCUGACUCACAACCUUAUACAUAUCAUAGAGAUGCUGAUGGAUACCCCAGACUGUAUCACAGUGGUGCCUGUAGACACAGCUCUGCCCUGGAUACUGCUGUACAAACUGAUCAAACAUGAGGAAACCAAGCUGCAUGCUCUGAGUGUGGGUGAUGGGAAUGACGCUCUGGAGGGGGCCAUCACCUCUUCUUUCAUGCUGCUGAAUGUGGCCCAUGAAUACCUGGGCAGGCGUUCUUGGUGUACCAAUUCUGAUGGCCUUCUGCUCAAGUUUGUGAUGGAUGUGCUUCGUGAGGAGAUGUCAGUGGACAGGAGCAAGAUGUCAGCUGUGUUUAGAGAGGAAAUUAACCAAGCGUUUGAGCAGUGCUCUCUUUGCCUCUAUGGUCACCCUAACAAAAAGUCUCGGGUCAAGCACCUGCAGGAUCAUGGCUGCUCUCAGCUUCCUCUGACAUGGGAAAAGGCCAUAGAUCUGUUUGAGUAUUUCAAACCCAAGACUGUACCAGAGUUUGACAGUUACAAGACCAGCACAGUAUCAGGGGAAUUGGAGGGACUGUUGCGUAGGAUAUCAACCCUGGUUCCUGAUAAGUACCGAGCAGGAAAUACAGUUGAAUUGGUGCAGUCUUUCAUAGAAGGCAAUUCCAAGAGUCCGCCUACAGCUCAUGCUGAGAAGUGUGCCAAAGUGCCGGUUGUUCGAGAGCUAUACUAUCUGCUGGCUGACUACUACUUCAAAAAUAAAGAACAGAUGAAAGCCAUAAAAUUUUACCUGCUGGACCUGUGUUUUAACCCAGAAAGAUUGGACUCCUGGGCAGGUAUGGCCCUGGCCCGCAUGAGCCGGCUUGAGCAGAAACUCAACUCUCACGAGUUGAAGAUGGAAAUGCCUGUGUUAAAGCAGUCAAUACCCUCCCUGAGGUGUUUCCGGCGAGCUGUGGAGACUGAUAACACCAAUAGCAAGCUGUGGAUAGAGUAUGGCUGUCUGGCCUAUGAACUCCACUCCCAUGCUUCACGCCAACUCAAAAUGAAACGAUGGUUCCCCCUGGCAGAGGACAUGUUAGACUUGGCCAAGGCAUGCCGCAGCGACAUGCUACAGAUAGCACAGAACUGCUACAAGAAGGCGAACAAUUGCGAGUGUGAUGGUAAUGAGGAGGAAUGGCUGCAUCAUUACAUGAUGGGAAAGGUGGCAGAGAAACAGGGCAAACACCCACAGGUCUACCUCCAGCAUUACAGGCAGGCUGCUAUUUACACCCACGAGGAUAAGGCAGUGUACCCAAGGAAGAUCACCUAUGUGGUCAGUCCCCCUCACCUGGCUGUUGAGGCCCUGGAGGUGUUUUACCGUCUACAUGCCAGCGCCCUAAAGCUGUUACUGAAGCACAGCACUGAAGUAGAUUACAAAUUGAUCCAGCAGUACCUAAAUGAGGCUGCUCAGAGCCCAUUUGCCCAGUCCAAGGAGAAGAGACGAGAAAGUCGUGAGAGCUUGUCCUCAGGCUCAGAUGUGGAUCAGGUCUCAGGCCAGCCAGGUACACCUGUACGCAGGAGGCAGAGUUACCCAGUUACUCCUCAGGAUCACAACUACUCCCGACAGAAGAGUCAGGAGCUUGGGGACAAGGCAAUUUUGGGGACGGCACCAACCACAGGGACAGACUCUGGGGCAUUGGGUACAGGGAAAACCUGCCAUGAUGCUGUGGCUACAAGUGGAGACUCUGAUGGGAUAUCCGGUGGUGCCAAUUCCACAUCAGCUUCUGAGAGUGCGGAGUCCAGGCCCGCUUGUGACAGCGGGCUUCCCAAAUCCACAAUUACCAGUGAGGACCUGAAGUCCUCUGAUGACAAGGUUGCUGAUCCCAAAACAACAGCUGACAAUGUGACCCCAAAAUCAGGAGCAAGUGACAAUCUUUUGUCACAGAGUGGCAGUGACAGUGUAAGGUUGGUGACUCAAACGCAGAAACCUUCAACGGAAACAGUUGAAAAAGUGCAGAUAAGUGCUGAGAAUGUGAAUAUUAAAUCAGAAGCUUUGUCCGUGGAUGCUCUUCCAGACUCUGUCAGGGAUUCAGUGCAGCCCACAGUAACACCUGAUAAAGCACCUUCCUUCUUGAUGACAGACAUUCUUGGAAAAGCUAGCAGUGAACCAGUUCCUGGUGACACUAAUCCCACCACACCUGCUGAGGUGAUGCAAAUUUCAGGGCUUCCUCGGCAUAGUAGUGGGGGACAUGCAGCUAACUUGGGCAAUGGUAGUGCUCCAAACCAAAUGCAGACUGAUAAAACUGGAAAGUUGUCCAUUUAUGUUGACAGUAGUGCUGUAUCCCAGAAACUAAGUGAUGAUAGUGCCAAUCAUAAUAGUGCUGUUACCCAGUCUAAUAAUAAAGAAUAUUCAGAAAAGAAUACUGACAAUAGUGCUGUGUCUCAGUCAGGUGAUUUGGAAGUGACUCCAAAAGUCAUGGAGACUGAUGAAGUGUUCCAGAUGAUGGACUGUUCCAGGUUCAGUUCUCCACAAACACCUGCGAGCACGACGACAGCUCCAGUCCCAAAACUGCCACUAUCUCCCAAAACAGAGCCUAGUUCAGCACCCAGUGAUGGCAAAAAGGUGACUGAGGAGCCAGGGAAUGAUUUACCUGUAGUUGAUCUCAUUACACCUGAUGCCAAGCCAGACGCUAAGGAGGCUGUAUCAGGUGCUGAGGCUAGGAAGGAGGUGGAGAUGGAGUGUAACGAGUCUGACUCAACACCCCCGGGGUUUGACCACCCCAAACACAAGCAGUUGAUGGACCAGUGUAUCUCUGCUCUUAGUCUCUGUCUCUCACGCUUCCCUCAACACUACAAGUCCCUCUACAGGCUGGCGCACCUCUACUUCAAGUCGCCAAUACACAAGAAUCUGCAGUUCUCUCGAGAUCUGUUGCUUGGUAACCCAAACUGGCAGCAGUUGGAACAUAUGCCAGCUCCUGGCCUCUUCUCAGAUCGCAAAUCUACAGACUUCUUCAAGGGGGUGUGGCGUAUCCCGAUUGAUGAGAUUGACAGGUCAGGCAGUUUCCCCUCCCAUCUGAACCGCUCCAUACAGCUGGUGUUGGAUGUACUGCGUGAACAGAAGGAUGCCAGCACUCUGUUUCUGAUCCAUCAUCAGCUGUCCAGAGUACCCGACCUGGGAAAAAAAUAUUUGAGGGAUGCAGAGCGAGUGUGGUUUGCCAAACAAGCCUUUCUUUACUCCCUGGAUUCCAUGGAAGCCAAGGUGACGGAGAUGAAGACAGGGGCAGAUAACUCUGCUCAGCUCAGCUUUAUUUUGGAGGUCUACAGACUGUGGAACUAUGGAAUCAACAAAAUGACUGCCCAUCUGGACAGAGUGAAUGACUUGUUUGCUUUGGCAUUCAGAACAAUCUGUGAAGACAAGGUGGACAAAAAUCGCCCAAUUCUGGAACAGGCUUUACUCUUUUGUCAGGAGCAGAUAGUGCUGGCAAGAGCGCAGGCUCCUGUGUUAGGUUCACCUCGUUCCCAGGUGCAGAAAUCUGGGUUUAUGUCACCCUCUGGAGAGCGUAACCAGGAAUUCACUCACCUCUUCCAGGCUGAUGCUAGUAGGGUUACCAGUCCAAUCAGCCAAACAGUGGCAACCAGUAAACCAGUAACCAGUCCAUCUGUUCUGGCUGGUAAACCAGUAACUAGCCAAUCGGCCUUAACCAGUAAGACAUCGACCAGUCAAUCUGUCAUACCCAGUAAGCCAGCAACCAACGAGAUGGCCAUAACCAGUAAACCAGGAAUGAGUCAAUCCGUCAUGACCAAUAAACCUGGAAACAGUUCGUCUGUCAUGGUCAGUAAAUCUACCAUAAGCCAGCCUGCCACAUCCAGUAAACUAUGCAUCGACCGGUCUGGCUUGACCAGUAAUGCAGGCAUGGGUCAGCCAGUAUCCUCCAAACCACUGACUAAUCCCAGUUUGACCAGUACACCAGAAACUAAUCAGUCCGUGAUGACUGGUAUACCAGGAGUAUCACUUCAUAAACCAGUAUUUCCUGUGCCCUGUCAACCAGCUGCUGGAACCAUUUCAGCUCGACCAUCGUUUAGUGUGCUACCUAAGAAGACUGUCCUCUCCAGCCAGCCGUGUGUGUCCAGCCAACUCUCUGGUCACUCAGUGUCCCCCUCUGGGCCCAAGCCUAAAGCACACCCUUCUGAGCCUGCAGCCAAACUCAACACUGGGCCACUGGAUUUGUCUGUCCAAAGCACUUCUCUGUCCUAUGCAACCGGAAAGACCACAGAACAUAUCCCCAGGCCAGUUGAAGGUCAAGCAAGACCCAUUUCUGUGCAUCAUACUCACUCCAUGAAGCCUUCUGGGAAUCCGUCAGACAGCUUGCUCACUCGCUUGGUCAACCAACCUGGCCAGAUCUUGUCUGAUGUCCAGCAGGUCAUCCAACAGUCUGUAGCUGACCCUCGACCAGUCAUGCCCACAGCAGAGAGUACAUGUCGAGAGCCUCAGUCCUCCUCAAACACUGAUGUGAACACCUUUCUUCCCCCUAAACCGCCCAUUGUUAGCCCUCCACUGAGUCCAAGCUGUAUACUGAUCUCUGACAGUGAGAGUUCACUGUCCAGUCUGUUAGACUAUACUAUAGAGCUCAAUGAUUCAGACUUUGAUGAACCCAUCGUGAUCAUGUCACCCGAUGAUGACAAACAGUAACUGCUGAUCAGUGUGUAACGCAAAGACAACAAAUGCUGUAAUCUUUGAGUGGUCUUCACUUUACUGUAUCAUGACUGCUAAUAUCAUGCUAUCCUGAUUGUAUUUCAAAUGAGGACAAUGAACUUGUAAAGCAGGACAUCUUUACUGUAUCAUUCCUAAAAUGGUGUAUUGAUGACUCCAAUUUCUGCAUUUGAAGAAUUAUUUGGGAUACCCAAAUCAUGUUUAAUCUUUCCAUCUUGUUAAUAGGGUAAAUUGGAACUGAUUGACUCUGUCUUGGUUUUGCAUCAAAAAUAUAAAUUCAGUAGAGAAAUAAAUUUAUAAGAAUGCAGCUGUGCUGGUACUCCUUGUUUACGAUGUAUUAUCUCAUAUUCCAGUAGGCUAACUGCAAUCUUGUCUAAAGCGCUGUCUAAACAUCGUUUAACUUUAGUUGACCCAACAGCAAGUCGAAUGCUGUUGAGGUAAGUUGGGUGUCCCAUCCACAUUACAGAUUAGAUAGGUCAACAUUGUCCAACUGUGUCAUCUUGUGUUGAGCUGUGUUUUUUCCCAAACUUUCAAUAAAUUGGAGUGACAUUU